AGAGAGACGUGCCACGGAUAGAUUUUCCCCGAGUUGUUCAUCGCGCGAGCCUUUCUUUUCUAGCGUUCAACAUAAUGUUCUUGUACUAAUAGAAGGACAUUUUUUUGCAAUAACUUUCAAUCCAAUAUAAACCUUGAAAUAAAAAUCUUGAAAUAAAAGUGCGUGCUAAAAUUCGCUGUUUGUUUUAUCAACGAGUUUUCCAUCUCACUUUGGACAAACCCAACGACACAAAAUCAAAAUGCCUGUAAUAAGGUUAAAAAGAGCUGGUGAGGUACUUCCCUCACAGAUUCCUCUUUCAGAAAUACAAAUGCCAAGUCGAGUGAGUCUUAAUGGCACGAUUGAAUCACCGGCAUCAGCUGCGAAUCCGGUAGUAGAUAUAAUCAUCAACACUCCAAGUAGCACUAGUGUACCAACGACAACAAAAGCGACUGAGACUGCAGUGGAGAAAGUGAGCGAUGUCACCAAAGAGAUAGCUGAAGAAAUGGGUAUUCCAACCUGGGGAUUAGUUGCCAUAAUAAUCGCCGUCGGAGCCGUAAUCCUAGGAAUUUGCUUCUGCUGCAUACGACGAUGUUGUCGCAAAAGAAGAUCGAAGGACGGGAAAAAGGGCUUGAAAGGAGCAGUAGAUCUCAAAUCAGUACAAUUGUUAGGAGGCACUUACAAAGACAAGGUUCAGCCGGACAUGGAAGAACUGACGGACAAUGCGGAAGAACCCGAUGAAGCGGAAAGCAAACAAAGCGAAGUGAAACUCGGAAAACUGCAAUACAAACUCGAAUACGACUUCAAUUCGAACAGUUUGUCCGUGACUGUCAUGCAAGCCGAAGAAUUGCCAGCUUUGGACAUGGGAGGCACUUCCGAUCCCUACGUCAAGGUUUAUCUUCUACCCGACAAGAAGAAGAAAUUCGAAACUAAAGUUCAUAGAAAAACGCUGAACCCGGUGUUUAAUGAGACCUUCACUUUUAAGGGGGUACCGUAUGCCGACGCAAUGAACAAGACGCUCGUUUUCGCAAUUUUCGACUUCGAUAGGUUCUCCAAGCAUGACCAAAUAGGAGAAGUUAAAGUACCGCUUUGUCAAAUUGAUCUCGCGCAGACUAUUGAAGAGUGGCGGGAAUUGCAGAGCGUGGAAGGAGAAGGUGGACAGGACAACAAACUCGGCGACAUUUGCUUCUCCCUGCGUUACGUGCCAACUGCGGGAAAACUGACAGUGGUCAUUCUCGAGGCGAAGAACCUGAAGAAGAUGGACGUGGGCGGACUCUCUGAUCCCUAUGUGAAAAUUGCUCUGAUGCAGAAUGGAAAGAGGCUAAAGAAGAAGAAGACGUCCAUAAAGAAGUGCACACUCAAUCCAUACUACAACGAAUCCUUCUCCUUCGAGGUUCCCUUCGAACAGAUACAGAAAGUAAAUUUAAUGGUGACGGUAGUAGACUACGAUCGUAUUGGCACAUCAGAACCCAUUGGAAAAGUCGUUCUUGGUUACAACGCGAGCGGAACGGAACUCAGACACUGGUCAGACAUGUUGGCGUCACCGCGACGUCCCAUCGCUCAAUGGCACACGCUGAAAGAUCCCGAAGAUGGCGACAAGAAGGACUAAAGAGACUCCACUACGUUCCAAGGUACUGGUCACAAGAGAAAAGGAUUCGCUGGAAAGAAAGACAAAAGCCAUACAGUAGAUAUUAAACGAUCUAUGAUUACUGAAAACAACAAUAACUACCACCGAAAAGAUCUAGUGUUAAAAAAAAUAUGUUCUUAUGGAGUGUAGUGUCUUGUAUAUACAUAUACUAUAUCUACUAUACUUUUCUCUGUAGAAUAAUUGUUGAAUGAUUUCAAAAAGGGCUGGAAAAAAGCCGUUGCGACCACCUCGAAGACAGGGUCUCGCAAAAAGCAUUGAGAUUUUGCGGAAGUCGUUCAACUUCACUUCGUUCCCUUUCAAAAAAGAGACGCCUGCACUGUUUUCGUGCAAUUUAUAUCAUGCUAAAAGCUCGGAAAAUUUACCAAUUUUUAUAAAUUCUCACAAGACAAAUUCUCAUUUAGAAAUCAUUGUAUAUCGGUCAUCUCUUUCGAUGUUUAAACAUAUUCGUGAUUUCUAGACAAACAAAGAACGAGCUUGUGCGACUAGUUGAAAAUCUAAUUUCCACUCAUCACUCGCGAGUUAUUUUCAAACAUUUGAUUUGUUUUCACCCCAACAAUUAUUGCUUUUUCGAAUUUGCACCUACUCGCACAAGCUUGAAACGCUCAAAUUUUCUCCUCGAUUCGCUGUGUUUCCGACAUUGAACGAUUUUCUUUAUGUACGUUAGAUAAGCAAAUGUACUCAAUACAAACAAAAAUUGAAACGCAAAGGAACAAUGCUUUUUUUGCAAUGUCUUCGUUGUAUACAAACACUCAUCCCUAGAAGUUACACUGUUAACGAUCGAUUUUCAAGAUCACAGAACCCUUAAAAGUGACAUUUCAGUGGUUCCCGACAGAGUCAGGAAUCGUAAAACAAAUGCAACAUCAGUUUCUGGUUCGGAUUUAUAUUACACAGACUGGCCUACCUAUUCAGAUCUCCAGAAAAAAAUUCGACUUGAGUCGAAUGACGAUUAAAAAAAUUCUAUAAUAUAUAUGAAGAUACAAUUAUAAUCGAAAUCUUGAGAUCAAUAUGAAUCACACGAUUUAUUUCACUUUCUUCUAAUUUUACCUCUCUGUUAAAAAUCAUCAUUUUGAUCUCAAGAUCGAUGAAGGUUAGAUAAUAAAAGAAUAUCAAGUUUUUUGUCAAAAUGUCCAGUUUUAAAGAGAGAAUUUUGAUAAUUGUUUAUGUUUGUACAUUGUUCUGAUGAUUUUUAUCAACUGCGCAGAUCUACCGCGCACUCGUUACGUCUCAUACUUUUAACAUUUAAUUCUAAUUACAAAUUUUAUAAAUUAGAUUAGUAACUGUUUCAUUUGAAAAAUAAAAUCGGACAUAUUUACGGAAAACUGAGUGUUUUAAAAAAAUAGAAAUUUAUCGGAUGUAAUAUUUACGGUAAGAUAUAUAAGUGAGAUAAAUACGUUCUUUAGCGUAUUAACAAAAAAAAAAAAAAAAAUCGACAAAAAAUAUCGUAUAAUUAUUUAUUAUUAUAAUUCGACUAAUUUCUAUAUUGCGAUUAAGAAAUAGUGUAGAUAUUGUUAUUGUUUAAUGGUAUUUAUAAUUAUUGCGAUACGUACCUAAUUUAUAAAUUGCAUGCUCAUCUCUCGUGUAAAUAUAUUCCCCUUCAAAAAAAUUGAAAAAUGUAUUAAUUUAUAUGCAAGAAGGGCGGAUGUAUAAAUAAGACAAAAAUACAAUAAUCAUUAUAAUCGGAAUUGGCAGGUUUUUUCUGUUUUUGACAUUUAACGAAACUUCUCAAUUGUUGCUUUUAUAGGGAAAUAAAACAAACUGUAUCUGGCUUCCGUUGUUAUAGAUUCACGUCACUUUCGUGACAAUUUUCUGAAAAAGUGGACUAUUCAAUUCCUUUGAGAAUUUAAUAUAGAAACUGAGAGAAUCUUCGGACAAUUUUGAUAAAAUGACGCCGAACACGAAUUGAGAAGUUACAAUUUUACAAAUACUCGUCAUUUUAAUAAAAAAUCAAACUUUAGAAUUCGUUGUGAAUUCGAGAUUUCUUUUUUUUCGUUCGCAGGACCAAUUAACGUUAUCGCGUGAGAUUUAUUACCAAAAUAAAAUCGAACGACGUAUUAACCGGCAGCAUUGUACUUAAAGACAAGUAAUUUAGAAAAAACUGUGUCGCUUCGGAAUAAUCGUGACAUCGAAUCAGACUCACUUUUAGCCUCGCUUUGUAGACACAUUGCAUCAAUAAUAAUAAUAAUAAAUUUCAUUUUUAGGUGCGUGCCAUAUUUGAGGGAAAGAAAAAAAUUACGUAAUCGUGUUGUAGAAGAAAGAAUAUCCAUUUAUACAAAGUAUAGAAACAUAUGCUACAUUUUUAUCGAAUUUAAGCUAAAAAUCGUUUUUUUCCAGUCUUCAACUCUGCUCUAUAAAUAUAAAUAUAUAUAAAUAUAAAUAUUAUUAAAAUCGUGCGCUAUUCAUUCGUCCAUCAUUAUUAUAAAUAGGAGGGAGGAUUUGUUCUUCUAACUCCGUCCAUUGAGUGCAGAGCCAUUGUUUUCUGAAAACAGCCAAAUUUGCCCGAGAGGAAAAGUUGAGAUUGAAAGAUUAAAAGGCAAAAUUGGAUGUAGGAGAAAAAAUAAAAAUUGAGGGGCAAUCAGUGACUCUCCAUCAAAGUGAGCCCGAGAGACAAGAUCCGUCCUCUCUCUCUAUCAUUAAGAUUAAUAUUUUAUUGUUAAUAUUAUUAUUAAUGAUUAAUAUUCGACCAAUGUUGAUGAUUAAUAAUGAUCGUUAAUUAGGCACAAGUCAACAUCUGUUGCGAGAGUAAGGGAAUGAAGACCAAAAAGUCUAGAUUCUAGAAUUAUGUAGAAUUGUAUUUUUGCUCAGUUCGCUUCGGAUCAUUUUUCCGUUCGUUUGAAGCCAAAACCCAAUUCCAAAGUUUGACUGUGUACUAAGUUUGUAAAAAAAGAAAGAGAGGGGAGCGAGUGAAAGUGAGAGUGAAAAAAUGAGGAAAUGACGCAUUAAUCGAAGCGUGCUCGAGGAGUGACCUCGGCCGUCAGAUGUCACUCAUAAGGUAUGCCGCGUCUUCUCGGCACUGGCGUUGCGACUUUUUCGCGAACCACCUUCGGCAAGAUGUCGCAACGACCUUCGGUGCUCCAACGCGUUCACAUUACGUGCCUAAAACGUACCUCGAUGCCUCUUCUCAUUGUGCUUUUUAUAAAGUAAGUGGAGCAAAUCUUCUAGAAAAGAAAUAAGAAACAAACAUUUUUUGCUGUUUCGUAAUAGCUUGAUUUCUGCGCAUCGUUUACCAAAAGGCCUGUCUGACGCGAGAGUUGCCCACUCCUCGAGUGCACUUUCAUGACAUAACGACUAAAUAAUUAAGUAUGAUACGAUAGUACCUAAUAUAAUUACGUACCCCAGUCCUAAUGAUUCAUACUAAUAAGAGACUUAUCAAUGAUCGAUUAGCGACCUGCAUUAAAACAUAAGUGACCGAUACCCCAUAACGUUAAUGCUAUUGAAUUAAAACUAUAAUAAACGUAUAUUAUAUGAUAUAUUUAAUGGGGGUGACCCACUUGUCAUUGUACCGAGGUUAAGACGGCACUUUAUUAGAGCACGGAUCUUGUAAAUAAGGAAGGUGUUUGUAAAGCUUUCGUUUUGAGAUUUACAUGAUGUUGUCGUCGUUAUACUGCUUUCAAAAAUUGUCCACUGCUCGCUUUCGAUCUACUGCCGAAAAUGGCGCCUCCUUCUAGUGACAGCUGAUCACGACUCGUACUUUUAAAACCAUAAUGCGCCUAAAAUACUUGCUAAUAAAUCAUUUUCUCUUUGUCGAAAAAUAUCUUCUAGACAAGACCUUUGAUGUAUAAGAAAUAAGAUCGGAUGUCAGAGGAUGAAAGGCUGUCAAAGAGGCUCAACUUGGGCAGCAGAAGUCGAAAGAAACACAGAGAGUCUAUAGUUGGUAAAAUGUAAUUAAAAAAAAGAUUAAAAAUUGAUAAUC